AUGCAGUUGUGUCCUGCCGGCGUCUCCUACUGGAAGGACCGUCCUGCCCUUCCCUCACGGGCCUGCAGGCAUUCGUCAGCUCUGACGGAGUCUGCAUACCAGGCUUGUGGGGAGGCGGCCUCAGCCAUACAUGCCAUGGCUUUGUUGCAGGAGCGCCACCUCUGGCUGUGCCUUGCGGACAUGCGGGAUGCCGACAAAACCCGGCUUCUAAACGCCCCGGUGUCCCAGGCCGGCCUGUUCGGCGAGGCGGUGGAGGACUUCGCACAACAGGUCUCCGCCACCCAGAAGCAGACUGAGGCUCUUGCCAACAUCAUGCCGCGUCGGCACCUCAGUCUGCCCCUCGCCGAGGGCGUCCUGCAGCGGCGGCCGCCUCCGUUCCUCAUCGGGGCCGUCCUAGAAAGCGAGGAACCGGCCGUCAGCAGCCUGCCCCGCCCGCUCAGCCCACUAAGCCUGGUGGAAAGCGAAAAUCUAAGCGGCCCUGAGAUGGGCGACCUGGAGGUGGAGGGGGUCGCGCUUCGGGAGAUGGUGAACGCACCACUCCCCCCCGGAGGAGGACCGGGUCAUCAGAGGCAGUCGGGUGUGACGGAUGGGCUCAUAACCCUACGUCCUCCCCCUCCUCUCUCGCCAACGGAUGUGUUAAGCGCACCGAGAUAUCUUCAUCAGAGUCUUCCCCGCGCAGCCAUCCAUCAGCGGAGUCAGUUCAGUUCAUCAGAAGAGAUCAGAUUCAGAGUUCAGCUGUGUGUCUAUGAAGAGUGUUGCGUCUAUGGACGAAUCACAACAGAGCCUGACUGUAAGAGGAGGAAGAUUGAGCAAUCUGAGAAUCAACUACAAGACUUCAAUGAAAACAUGAAUCCUCGUUUCAGUCAUGAGUCUAAUCUUGCUGAAGUCCUGAACACAUUCAGAUCAAAUCUGAGGAGGAAGUUUGAGUGUUUGUAUGAGGUAACAUCAAAUGAGGGAAACCCAACACCACUAAAUGAGAUCUACACAGAGCUCUACAUCACAGAGAGUGAAAGUGGAGAGAUCAGUAAUGAACAUGAGGUGAGACAGAUUGAGACACAAUCCAGAAGAACAACAACAGAGGAGACACCAAUCAAAUGUAAUGACAUCUUUAAACCUUUACCUGAACAACACAAACACAUCAGAAGUGUGCUGACAAAGGGAGUCGCUGGCAUUGGAAAAACAGUCUCUGUACAGAAGUUCAUUCUGGACUGGGCUGAAGAGAAAGAGAAUCAGGACGUCCACCUCAUAUUUCCACUUCCUUUCAGAGAGAUCAAUUUGAUGAAGAACAAAACACUCAGUCUUUUAGAUCUUCUUCAUCUUUUCUUCCCAGAGACAAAAGAAAUGGAAAUCUCCAGUGAUGAAUAUAAAGUGUUGUUCAUCUUUGAUGGUUUGGAUGAGUGUCGUCUGUCUCUGGAUUUUCACAGCAGUGUGAGGUUGUGUGAUGUGAAUGAAUCAACCUCAGUGAACGUGAUGCUGACAAACCUCAUCAAGGGGAAUCUGUUUCCCUCUUCUCUCAUCUGGAUCACCUCCAGACCAGCAGCAGCUGAUCUCAUCCCCUCUGAGUGUGUUGAUCGAGUCACAGAGGUACGAGGCUUCACUGAUCCACAGAAGGAGGAAUACUUCAGGAAGAGAAUCAGUGAUUGGAGGUUGGCCUACGAUAUCAUCUCACACCUGAAGUCAUCCAGGAGUCUCUACAUCAUGUGUCACAUCCCAGUCUUCUGCUGGAUUUCAGUCACUGUUCUAGAGAGAAUGUUGAGUGAAGCAAAGAGAAGAGAGAUCCCCAAGACUCUCACUCAAAUGUACACACACUUCCUGAUCAUUCAGACAAACAUCAAACAUCAAAAGGACUAUGAGAAGAAAGAUGAAGACAUGAUCUUCAAACUGGGUAAACUGGCUUUUGAGCAGCUUGUGAAAGGCAAUCUGAUCUUCUAUGAUGAAGACUUGAGAGAGUGUGGCAUUGAUGUAGCAGAAGCAUCAGUGUACUCAGGAUUGUGUACUCAGAUCUUCAGAGAGGAGUUUGGUUUGUAUCAGGGGAAAGUUUACUGCUUUGUUCAUCUCAGCAUCCAGGAACAUCUAGCAGCUCUGUAUGUUCACCUCACCUUUGUAAACAAUGGCAAAAAUGUGUUUGAUCAAAAUAUCGAAAUAAAAUACAAAUCAUUUAACGAGUAUUUAUUCAUCAGUUUGCAUCAUCGAGCUGUAGAUGAAUCUUUACAGAGUAAGAAUGGACAUCUGGAUCUUUUCCUGCGUUUUCUUCUGGGUCUUUCACUGGAGUCCAAUCAGAUUCUCUUACAGGAUUUACUGACACAGAUGAGAACAUUCUCCUCCACGAAAGAGAAAACUGUUACGUACAUUAAACAGAAGAUGAAUAAGAAACUGUCUACAGAGAAAUCCAUCAAUCUGAUUCAUUGUCUGAAUGAACUGGGUGAUGAUUCACUGCUGGAGGAGAUUCAACAUUAUGUGACAUCUAGAUCAGUAGUAAAGACCAAACUCUCCUCUUCACAGUGGGCAGCUUUAGUUUUUGUGUUGUUGACAUCUGAGCAGCAUUUGGAUGAACUUUAUCUAAAUAAAUUUAUUGGAGAUAAAAAUACAGCAGACGAAGUUCUUGUGAAACUGCAGCUUGUGAUUAAAGAAACAAAAAAACUCCAAUCCUCGCUCUGUCCAUCUGACACAAGAAACAGAGGGGUGGAGCUUGUUAAGAGAUGA